AUGGCCACUUGCAGGUCACUUGUUCGGCAAUGCGCUCUUCAGCUGCGCCGCUCAUCUCGUUUGGCUCACUCCUCCUAUCCGACUCUUAGCCGCACCCAAGUUCCUCUCCGUAGGACAUACGCCACCUCCGUCGGCGCCGCAGACCUGAAAUUUGGACAGGCGUUACAUGAAACACAUCCUCACCUCUUGAGCCCCGGAGAGCUCACCCCAGGAAUUACCGCCAUCGAAUAUGCCCAGCGUCGAUCGCGACUCGCCAACAAGCUGCCAGAGGGAGGAGUAGCGAUUCUUGCAGCGUCAGAAGUGAAAUAUCGCGCACCAGGGAUCUUUCAUGAGUACCGACAGGAGUCAAAUUUCUUCUACCUGACUGGCUUCAACGAACCAAACGCACUAGCUGUGAUUGUCAACGACGGAUCGGGCGAUAACCAUACAUUUCAUUUAUACGUUCGCGAGAAGGACCCAAGGGCAGAGUUAUGGGAUGGGGCACGAUCCGGCACUCAGGCCGCUGCGGAUGUCUUCAACGCGGAUGAAACGGGUAAUAUUGAGGACAUUGGAAACAUUUUACCGAAGAUCGUGGCUCGGGCUACAGAGGUUUAUUCGGACAUCCCUACUUUCGAUGGAUCGAGAUCAUCGUUGCACCGAUAUCUAUACGGACCAACAGUUGCGUCGGAGAAACUGAAGAAAUUCGUAGACCACCGCAAGGUCAAGCCCUUAAAGAACAUAAUGAAUGAGAUGAGGGUAUUCAAGACUGAGAAUGAAGUAGUGCACUUGCGUCGGUUGGGACAGGCUUCUGGGAGAUCAUUUACAGAAUCUAUGCGACAAACGUUCUCUAUGGAGAGAGACCUGAAUUCAUUCUUGGAGUAUCAGUUCAAGGUCAAUGGCGCUGAUGGCAGCGCUUUUGUUCCAGUUGUUGCAGGUGGCCAGAAUGCUCUGAGUAUCCACUACACCCGGAAUGACGAUGUGUUGAAAGAUGGAGAUCUCGUCCUUGUUGACGGCGGUGGUGAGCUUGGAGGUUAUAUCUCUGAUAUCACAAGAACUUGGCCUGUAAAUGGCAAGUUCACAGAUCCUCAGCGGGACCUGUACAAUGCUGUAUUGAAUGUGCAUCGCAGCUGUCUGGCCCUUUGUCGCGAAAGCGCCAAUUUGUCCUUGGAUAAGUUGCAUGGCAUUGCCGAGAAUGGAUUGAAGGACCAACUCAAACAACUUGGAUUCGAUGUUUCUGGAAGCGCCAUGAACGUACUGUUCCCACACCAUCUGGGCCACUACAUCGGCCUGGAUGUCCAUGAUUGUCCUGGAUACUCAAGAGGAUACAAUCUCAAGGCGGGACAAUGCAUUACAAUUGAGCCUGGUAUUUAUGUUCCUGAUGAUGAGAGGUGGCCUGCUCACUUCCGCGGCAUUGGUAUUCGCAUCGAAGACAGUGUCUGUGUUGGAGAUGAGCACCCGAUCGUUUUGACUCCUGAAGCUGUGAAAGAGGUUGAUGAUAUCGAGGCACUUCGCAGUUAG